GGGCCUUGAAUAGCUGUAACAGAUUGUGCUGGCUAGAGUCAGCCACUGUUGAUCAGCCAAAGCUUUUCUUCUUCAGUGAAGAAGAAGCCUUAGGCCAAGAAAACGCUCGUGUUUGAAAAGGAAUUUGGCGCAUCUCUGAGCAAGGCUAAAUGGAAAAAAUAUCAGUCUCCAUCCGGGUUCGUCCUCUAAACAAGCAAGAGAUUGCAAAAGGAACCCCUUGGAUUGUGGAUGCAAACAGCCUUCAUCUCUGCAAUGAAAGACAGCAGCCCAUCGCUGGGCAGGCUUACACAUUUGAUCAUGUCUUUAAUGCUGGGAUGCCCACACAGAGCAUAUACCAGGCUGUUACUGAAGACAUCAUCCAGUCAACUGUCAGUGGGUUCAACGGCACGGUGUUUGCUUACGGGCAGACAAGCAGCGGUAAAACCCACACGAUGAGAGGGACUCCUACUGAGCCAGGAAUCAUUCCGCUCGCCAUCCACCAUGUGUUUCAAAUGAUUGAACAGACUGUGGACCGGGAGUUUCUUCUGAGAGUCUCAUAUCUGGAGAUCUACAACGAAGAAAUCAAUGACCUUCUCAACCCAGAAAAUCGGAAGCUGCCAGUGCAUGAGAACCUUGAGCGUGGCGUGUUCGUUGCCGGACUGGCAGAGGAGAUUGUAAUGAGUGCAGAGCACGUCUUGGAACUCAUGGCCAACGGAGAAGCGCACCGCCACAUUGGUGAGACAAACAUGAACCAGGCCAGCAGCAGGUCGCACACCAUCUUCCGCAUGGUCAUUGAGAGCCGGGAGAAGCUAGGUGACGACGACUCUUCGAUCGAAGAGCACGGCUGCGAUGCUGUCCGCGUAUCUUCCUUGACCUUGGUAGAUUUGGCCGGGUCAGAGAGAGUUGCAAAGACUGGCGCCGAAGGUGCUCGCAUGAAGGAGGGGACGCACAUCAACAAGAGCCUGAUGACCCUGGGGACCGUCAUCAACAAGCUGGCAGAGGGUGUGGAGAAGAACGGAGGACACAUUCCUUAUCGUGACAGCAAGCUUACCAGGAUCUUGCAGCCAGCACUUGGUGGAAACGCCAAGACAGCAAUCAUCUGUAACGUGACACCAUCUUUAAUCCAUGUUGAGGAGACGAGGGGAACGCUGCAGUUUGCUGGCCGCGCAAAGAGGAUUGAAAAUUGCGCUCAGGUUAAUGAGAUCGUGACCGAAGCAGCUCUUCUCAAGCGCCAGCAGCGGGAGAUCGAGGAGCUGCGGCGCAAGCUGCAGGGAAACAACUCCGAGAUCAUGGAGGGAGAGAUCGCCAAGAUGCGGAACGCCAUGCUCGCUAUUGAGCUAGAAAAGGAGCGGCUGGCUUUGGAACUUGAGGAGAGGCGGGCCGAAGAGCAGCAGCGCCGAGCGGAGACAGAGAAGCGGAUCCGCGAGCAGCAGAAGAAGAUUGACUCGCUAAGCCACAUGGUGAUCAACUCCGUCGUGGACGACACCCAGGAAAAGAAAAGCCGCAAGGGCAACCGCCGUGCUACGUGGGUGCCUCGCAUCCAGCCUUCUGUCUUUACCGACUUAGCCCGUGACCGGCCCCCACUUCGAGAGGUCCCCCAGGGGCUCUUCGGUUCAGGGCUGCCCCUCCCGCCACGGUUGGGUAGGUCGCGAGACCUUCCCCCGGCCUUCGACCGCCUUGGAGAAGAGUCCCCGGAGCCUUCCACCGGGCGACCUUUCAGGAUCUCCGAGGAGAACUCUUUGAGCGACGUAGGGGAGGAAUCUCCGGGCGGUGUUUCACUAGGCAGGAGGUCAAGCGGCAGCCGGGCGGACAGCGGCAGGGCGUCCAUUGAGAGCGCUGCAGCAGAGCCGACGGCUGAGCAACAGCUGGCGGAUCUUCAGCAGAAGUACAAGGAGCUAGAGGAGCGCGUGCAAAAGGAGGAUCAGCAGAAUGCCGCCUCGGACCAGCUAGACACCGCAGGGCUUCCCGAGCUGGGGUCGAUCCUGGAGGAGGACGAGCUGCCGAUGGGUGUGAUGGACCGGCGGGGCCGCAGCCUGGGCGGCGCCGACGGGCAUGCAUCCGUCAAAGCGCUUAAGGCGCAGCUGAAGCAGCUGGAGAUGGAGAAGGUGUUCAUGCAGCGGGAGCUGGACGACCUCACCGCACAGACCAAGAUGCGCGCCAGCAUCAGCAAGGAGGAACUAGCAGCGGUGUACGAGGAAUUGGACGAGGCCCGCCGCGCCCUUGCCGACUCUCCGACUUCCCUGGUCCCGUCCGGAGCCUCCCUUGACACGCUCGCUCUGCAGUCCCGCCUGUCGGAGGCCUUGCGCGAGAAGGAGGCUGCGCUCCAGGCGGCACACGAAGCAGAAGAAAGAGCAGUCCAAAGUGCGAGGGUUCAGAUACAGGGCCUGGAAGAGCGCCUGGCAGAAGCUUUGCGUGAGAAGGAGGCCGCGGAAAAGGGAUACAAGAGCGCUGUGAAUUCAGCGAGGGCGCACAACGAAGGCCUGGGGGCCUGCCCGGCGGAGGUUGUGCUAACUACUGAGGAGAUGCCGCUGCUGAAAACUCACAUUACAGAACUGCAAACGCUGUGCGAAGAGCUGCAGAAGGAACUCGGGCUGGAGAAACGAGCGAGGGAAGAGGCGGAGGCGAGGGCAAGCGAGGUGGAACGGACGAACGCCGAGAACGAAAUGGUGGUGGCAGAAUUUCGGGAGAAGCUGGAUGUGAUGUUGGAAGAGAAGAAGGGCUGGGAAGCGGUUAAAACGGAAGAGGAAACAUGCAGCGGGGUGCCUUGUGCGACAGAUUUUCCGGACAGCGAAGCCGAGCUUGAGCUGGCUGCCAAGACGGAGCAGUUGGCCCAGGCAGAGGUUGCCCUAGCCGAAGCCCGGCAGCUGGUGUCCGAGCUGUUGAACGGGAAGGAGACCGGCGUGGGGUCUGUCGAAGCGACGGCUCUGGAGGCAGAGCUGGGCGAGGCGCGGGUUAAGAUUGCGGAGCUGGAGGGCGACCUGGAGGAGGCGGUGCGCGUGCUGGAGGAGGAUGACGUCAGGCGCGCGGAGCAGCAGGCGGCGCUGCACAGGGUGGAGGAGGAGCUGGCGCAGGCGCGGGCGGAGCUGGCGGCGAAAGAUGACGUCACCUCCGAGGUUGAGGGCCUGAGAGCGGCACUGGCCACACAGAAGGGUGUGGAGGAAGAGCUGACGCAAACGAUGAGUGAGCUCGCCGAGAGGGCUAACGUCGCGCCUGAGGUGGAGGGUCCGGGCACCGAUGGUCCAGAAGGGAUAUCCUGCAAGAUCGAGUCGUUGGAGGGCGAUAAGAAUAGGUUGGAGAAGGCCAAUGAAUCCUUAGCGGCGGAGCUCAAAGACGCGGAGUUGCGCGCAGAGAAAGCAGAGAUCGAAAGCAGGACAGUGGCCCAAAGGGCGGAGGACAUCACACGGGAGAAGGUUGCGCUGGAAGACAGGAUGCGCGUAGUCCAGGACGAAGGGAGCGAAGUCACAACGCAGCGCGAAGAGCUCGCACGGGCACAGAAGGAACAGGAGCAGAUUAAGAGCGCCGCUGAAACGGCCGCGGCUGAGCUCGAGAAGCAGCUGGGCUUGCUGAAGGAGGCCGGCGAGGAGAGGAAGGGCCUGCUAAAGACAAUUGCAGCUAUGGAGGGUGAGCGGCAGAAGAUGGACCAACUCAUGCAGAGCAUGGGGGAGGAGAAGGACGCUCUAUUGCGGUCAGCGGAGUUGGCGGUGCGUGACAAAGAGGUGCGGGUGGCGGAACUGGAAACGGAACGGGCCCGGCUUGAAGGGGUGCUGAGAGAGCUGGAGGGGGAAAGGGACGCGCUGCAGAGGGCUGUGGAGGAGAGCCAGCGACAGGCGGAGACUGUCGAGCGAGAAAAGGAGGAGGCGGCAAGUGGGCUGAGAGCGCAGCUCCAGCAGGUGCAAGAAGAGCUGGGUGCCGUGCUUAACGACAAGACUGCGCUUAUCGAGCGUGUCGCUCUUCUGACUGAGGCGCGUGAGACGCUGGAGGCGAACCUCCGACAACAAGAGAGCAGCAAGGAGAGCUUGGAGAAGCAGCUCGCUGGAUCCGAGGAGCAGCUUCAGAGCCUCGUCGCAGAGAAGGCCGCGCUUGAAGAGGCCAAGUCUCAGUUGGAGACCACUGUCGCCAGCCUGGAGGCCCGCGUAUCUGCCCUCGACUCCGACUGCUCCAACUCCAGGGCCGCCCUUCAGACUUUCGCUGAACAGUGCGCGCGCGUGACCGCCGCCCUCAGCGAGCUGCAGCACACCCUCGAAACCUCCAAGCAGAAGCUGGCUGCGGUUGAGACGCAGAAAGCAGAGCUGGAAGCGCACCUGGCGGAGACGGAGGCGGCCUUAGCUACCGCGUCCCAACAAAGAGGCGAAGCCCUGCAGCGGGUCGCGGAGCUCGAGUCGCAGCUGGAGACGCAGAGGAGCGUGGCCUCGGAGGCGUUCAAGGAGCUGGAGGCGACCAAGCAGGCGCAGCACAAGGAGGUGGCUGCCCUGCGCGCGGACCUGGCGGCGCUGCGCAAGGAGGUGGCGCACUGCAAAGCGGAGCCGGCGGCGCUGGGCAAGCAGCGGGACGCGCUGCAGAAGGAGCUGGAGAAGCUGCGGGCCAAGAUGAAGGACACCGAGGCCAAGCUCAAGACGGCGCUCCAGGACAAGAACCAACUGCAGGCCGAGAAGAGCGCCCAGGAGCGCGAUCUGAAGCGGCUCCGCGGGCAGGCGGGACAGAUCGAGAGCAACGCGUCUAAGCGCGAGUCAAUGGCAUUCAAGGCGCGCGACAGCCUGGCGGUGGGGCUCAAGAGUACGAAGAGCGAGUUGUCGUCCGUGCAAGUGGCGCUGCAGAACAAGAGCGUGGAGCUGGAGAAGACCGCCUUCGAGUUGCAGAUGCUGCAGGGUUCUUACAAGAGCCUGGAGGGCAGCGUGUCGGAGCUGGAGGGCGCGCGCGAGUGCCUGACGAGCCGCAUCAGCGAGGUGGAGGCGUGCCUCGCGGGCGUGUCCGCCGAGCGCGACCAGCUGGCGGCCGACGCGGAGGCGCAAUCGCGCGAGCUCGUGCUCGCGAGCCAGGAGGCGGAGAAGAUCGCGCAAGAGCUGGCCUCGCUGGCAGCAGAGCAUUCCGCGCUGGUGGACCAGUUGCGGGCAGCGGAAGAGGGGGCCAGGCGGGCGGAAGAGCUGGCGGCGGAACUGGAGAAGGUCAAGGCGGAGCAGGCACAGGUCAUGGAGCAGAUGACGGAGUCGCACUUCCAGUUUGAGGAGGACCGAGCGGCCUGGGAAGCGAAAGCCGCGGAGGCUGCCAAAGACAAGGCGGAAUGGGAAGAGCAACUGGCGAGCUUGAUUCAACUCCGGACAGAGAUGGAGGCCAGGAUCACGGGUCUCGACCAAGAGCGGAUGCAGUUGAAGCAGCAGGCAAACGAAGCGGACUCCGACAAAGCGGCACUCCUUGAACAAGUAGGCGCACUGGAGCAGAAGACAAUCGAGGAGCGGAAAGAGUACAUCGAGAAAAAGGACCAGGAGGUGGGCCGUUUGGUGGAGGAGGUGGCUGCCCUAAAGCUGCAGUGUGAGGAGCUGGAGCACCAGCUGGCGCUCGCGGACAAGAACCUCGAGGACAGCAACACCACCAGUUCCGCACUGGAGACGGCCGCCCGGCAGCGCGAGGAGCGGCUGCAGGAGAUGUUGCAGCAGAGCAUGACGCAGAUUGCGGAGGCGCGCCAGGAACUCGCCGACAGAGACGACAAGGUCGCCCAGCUGCAAGCGGCGAGCCUGCGGAUGGAUGUGCUCCUGGACAACGCCAACGGCAAGCUGCAGAUGGCGGAAGAUCGCGCCACGGCCGCAGAGGAGCACGUGGAGCGGGUGCGCGAGCAGCUAGCGCGCUUCAAGGCCAGCGCAGCGCAGCGGGAGAAAGAGAUCCAGGACUCAGCUGCAGAGGACAGAGACGAGGCGGAGCGGCUGUGGCAGGAGAAGGUCCAAGCGGCGGAGAAGGCUUGGCAAGCCCAGCUGGCCCAGCGGUCAGCCAUUGUGGAACAGCUGCAGCAGCAACUGGCAGCGGCCAAGGACGAGAAUGAAUCCAUGCGCGCUGUCCUGAACGACCUCAGGGCGCGGCUGGAAAUCGAAGAGGAACGGCGAAAGGCGGCCGAGCGCGACGUGGAAGCAUUGGCCCCGUCUCAGGGGGCCGCUGAGCGAGUCGCGCAGUUGGAGGAGGAGGUGGGUCACCUUCAGGCGGAGUGCCUCGCGCUCAAGCAGGAGGCGCAAGGGAGCCCCUCCCAGGGCGCAGACUCCGACCAGGCCGUCCAGAUGGAGGGCCAGCUGCUGGAGGUGACGGAGCAGAACCGGCUGUUGCAGAAGAAGCUGCGCAAGGCGGAGGACAUGCUUGAGCGCUCCAAGGCCUGGAAGGAGGAGGUCCGGCGGCAACGAGAGGACGAGGCGAAGGCCAAAGCGGAGCUUGCAAGGCUGCAGGCAAGCGUGGAGCGGCAGGAGGCGGAACGGAUGCAGCUUGCGGCGGAGCUGGCCGCUGCUAACGCUCAGAACGCCAAGGCCCCGACUCGGGAGAGGGGUCAGUUCGCCGCGGCAGCGCAGGCGUCCAGCGAGGCAGCCUUCCAAGUGAAGGCCCGGGUGCUGCUGGAGGAGCGAAGGGACUUCAAGGAAAAGUGCCACAGCCUCGAGGGCCGCCUGAAGGAGCUCCGGACGCUGGUCGACCGGAACGGCGGAAAGGUUACGGACUUCGACAAGUAUGCUGCGCUCAAAGAUUUGGAGUAUAGGGUCGCCACGGGCAGGGCGGCAGCGGACAAACUCAAAGCGCAGGUCGCUCAACUGGAGGGGCAACUGAAGAAAACACAAUCGGAGAAGAGCCAGCUGCAGGGCAAGCUUCAGGAGGUGACGUUCAAAAAUUGUGCGCUCCUGCGCUCCGAGUCGCUGCACCAGCUGCAUGCCGCCAGCCCCAAAAAGCCGUCCCCCGGGGACGGAAGCGCUGCACGGCCCCCUCUCGCGGAAAGGAACAAGGGCUUACUUGUAACGUCUGGCGACAGCAAUACCCCAGUCAAAAAAUCGGCUUUGUCAGGGCACCUUUCUUUGACGAAGGCCACGCCUCCUUCACUUUCGCGCCAAUCGACAAGGAAAGAGAAGGAGAACAACGCCUUGUUGUAGGAUUCGCAGUCUCAAAGAGCUAGGAGGGACACACAUGGACCAGCAAAGCAUCAUGUCGACGUUUUCUUUUG